AUGCGCGACGAGUCCAAGAUCCCCCUCGUCAUCGUAGCGUGCGGUUCUUUUUCUCCGCCGACCUAUCUGCAUCUGCGCAUCUUUGAGAUGGCCAAAGACCAAGUCAUCGAGAGCGGGAAAUACGAGCUACUCGCGGGUUAUUACUCACCCGUCAGUGACCAUUACCGCAAAGCUGGGCUGGCGCAAGCUAAGCAUCGCGUCAGAAUGUGCGAGCUGGCCGUCGAGAAGACGUCAACAUGGCUCAUGGUGGAUGCGUGGGAGAGUUUGCAGGACGAAUAUCAGCGCACGGCUGUUGUGCUUGACCACUUUGAGCAUGAGAUCAAUGGACCACUCGCGCCCUCAGCAGGAUCAGCUUCGGCAAACGGCUCGCGACGGGGCGUCCUCAUGUCUGACGGGCGUCGUCGACGUGUCAAGAUCAUGCUCCUCGCAGGCGGGGAUCUCAUUCAAUCUAUGGGCGAGCCGGGCGUAUGGGCAGAUGCGGACUUGCACCACAUUCUCGGACGAUACGGCUGCAUGAUCGUCGAACGCACGGGCGCAGAUGUGUGGAGCUUCCUCCUCUCCCACGACUUGCUCUGGCGCUAUCGCCGUAAUCUGCGCGUGGUCAAGCAGACGAUUUACAACGAUAUCUCGAGCAGUAAAGUCAGAUUGUUCGUGAGGAGAGGGCAGAGUAUCAAGUACCUGCUGCCCAAUUCUGUCAUCAAGUACAUUGAGACUCAUGAGCUGUAUAGAUUGGAUGUCAAGGCGCAACAACUCCAGCUCUAUAGAGAGGAGGAUGGAGAGCCGUACUUGGCGCCGGAGGACGAGCAGUGGUAG